UGCGACAGUAAGCUGCCUAUUAUCGGUGACUAAACGGCGCUUUAAGCGGGCUGAGGCUAUAAAUGUGCCCUCACGCGCCGCACCGCAGCUCACUUUCUGCACGCGCACGCAUCACGCGCUCGUGCUGUUGAACGCAACACGAUACCUUACGAUACUAUUCGAUACAACACAAAAAAAAUAUACACGUCGGGUACACACGCUUGUUUAAAGUAAUCAUUAGAAGUAGUAGGUUUGCCGGAAACUUGAAGUGGAAGCAUGUCCACGGUGAGCGCGCUGCCGUUCUUCAAACCUCUGCACGCGCCCGUGUCGAUCUCGCGACAGCGGCGUCACACUCUACCGGCCAGCGAGUUCCGCUCCCUGAACACCGAGGACGCGAUCAGUGUGUUCGAGAUCGAGAAAGAGGCAUUCAUCUCUGUAUCUGGCGAAUGUCCACUUCACCUGGAUGAGGUGCGUCACUUCCUCACCCUCUGCCCCGAGCUGUCUCUCGGCUGGUUUGUGGAAGGCAGGCUUGUCGCCUUCAUCAUCGGUUCGUUGUGGGACCAGGAGCGUCUCGCUGCAGAAGCUUUGACGCUUCACAAAACUCAGGGCACCACGGUCCAUAUCCACGUUCUGGCGGUGCAUCGUACCUUUCGGCAGCAAGGCCGAGGGUCCAUCCUGAUGUGGCGCUACUUGCAGUACCUGCGCUGUCUGCCAUACGUGCGCCGUGCCGUUCUCAUGUGCGAGGAUUUCCUCGUGCCCUUCUACCAGAAGUCCGGCUUCAAGGUCCAGGGCCCAUGUGAGAUCACAGUGGGGCCGCUGACCUUCACCGAGAUGCAGUACGCCGUGCGGGGCCACGCCUUCAUGCGCCGCAACAGCGGAUGCUAAGGUUUUAACCAGUAUUAGCCAGCAUCACUUAUUCCAUUAUCCCGGAUGCCAAAGCAGGGUGGAGAGGAAGGCUUGUUCUGGCGGGGAUGUUUUGUCACAGCUUUUUCAAGUGUAGGUGAAGUCAGUGGUGUUGCUAUAUGUUUGUGCACAUUUGUAAAAAAAAGAAAAAAAAUGAAAGGAGGAAAAGAAAGAAAGAAAUCCUCCAGAUUUUUCACCUUUAUAGCAGCUGGGGUCAUGAUGCAUUUUAAUGUCAAUGUUAUAUUUUGUUAAAUCUUGAAAUUGUUGUGUGGUUUUUUUCAUGUGAGCACUUUUAAUUUAUUUUUCUAUCAUUUUUUUUUUACAAUCUGUUCAUUGUCUGAAAGGAGGCAACGGUGGUAAAGAGGAAAACAAAAAAAAUUCACAAAUUAUCGUCAUAUCACUAUUGUGAUGUCAUUUGUCCUUGGUCAUUCAGCUUUAGUGAUAUUUCAGCCUUGAGUGUUGUUAAGUGUCUCGUGGUUUCUCAAGAUUGUUUCUGGCGACGUAUUAAAGCAGCAUUGACUUGACACCCUGCUACUGUGCUCUCUUUGUAACUAAUCAGAGACCUAGAACAAGUAACACAAGUUCACUAAGGACAACACAUGGACAGGAUCCAAAUCCUGUUAGGUGACAGGUAUUUUUAGAUCCUGAGGAACUGGCUAAGACCCUCAAAGCUAAGAGGAAAUCUAAGAAAGAUAUCACUUCCUAAGUUAAUCAAAAAAUUGCUAAGUCAGGAUAUGUUAAUACUGGUCGUUCUCCGUCAUAUUUAGCUCAAGUAGAUGUAGUUUGUUCUGCCUUAGGGAGCAUUUCAGCCCACUUUGGUCCAAGUAAGCUUUCUAAAGCCUCAUUCAUGGAAUCUGUAAUUUGUCUUUUGUGGUAAACAUCCACCACCUUUGCCUCUGUGGAGUCUUGAAUCAAGACAUCUAUGAUUUUGUACAUGUUUUGUAAAUAGAGAAAUAAUAAAGAAAAGAAAAAAAAUCA